AUCAGCUCACAUCUGCAUUCAUCUGCUCAACAUCUGCAGCAGUUACCUGCUGCAGUCGUCCCCUCUGGCCACGGGUCCUUGUCCCUCGCAUCGAUGGAUGUGCGUAAAUGGGUUUGGAGUGCGUGCGCGCUGGUUGGUGUCGUGCUCUCUGGCGGUGGACGUUGCCGGUGUGAUUCCACCUGGGAGGUUCCCCGCUUCGACGGCUGGUACAACAGUCUGGGAUGUCCCCGGCGCGGGGCCGCGGGUUCCCGUCUCGUGCGCCUCCUGCCCUCCCAGUACUGGGACGGAGUCUACCAGCCGGCCCACGAGCCGUGGCAGCCGAACCCUCGCACACUGAGCCGAGCGCUGGCCCCAGGGCCCUCCGGCCUGCCCUCCACACGCAACCAGACCGUGCUGUCUCUGUUCUUUGGUUAUCAUCUGGCUUUUGAAAUCUUUGACUCGAGAGCUCCUGGGUGUCCGCCGGAGUUCAUGAACAUCCAGGUCCCACGGGGCGACCCGGUCUUUGACCCCACUGCCACGGGAACCGUGAUCCUGCCCUUCCAGAGAGGACCGUGGGACAAAGAGUCCGGGCAGAGUCCCAGCAACCCUCGCACCCAGGUCAACGCGGCGACGGCGUGGAUCGACGGCAGCUCCAUCUACGGCCCCUCCACCUCGUGGUCCGACUCCCUGAGGAGAUUCUCCGGGGGCCUCUUGGCUUCGGGUCCCGAGCGCAGCAUGCCGAGGCACGGAGGGGGAAGGAGCAUCAUGUGGAGCGCCGCCGACCCGUCCACCGGAGAACACGGACUGCAAGGACUCUACGAGCUGGGCCACGCCUGGGCCAACGAGAACGUGUUCACGGCUGCAGAGGGGAUCGUCUGGUUCCGCUACCACAACCACGUCGCCUCCCGGCUGCAGGAGCAACACCCAUCGUGGUCGGACGAGAGGCUCUUUCAACAUGCCAGGAAGACCGUGGUGGCGGCGUUCCAGAACAUCGCUGUGUAUGAAUGGCUGCCCGCAUUCCUCGGAGACAAAGAGCUUCCACCUUAUCCAGGCUACCAGAAGUUUGUGGAUCCGGGGGUCUCACCUGAGUUCCAGGCUGCCGCCAUGAGAUUCGGCCUCACGAUGGCCCCGCCUGGCGUGUACAUGAGAAACAGAAGCUGCCAUUUUCGAGCGGUCACCAACGCGGAUGGGAGCAGCUCACCUGCGAUGCGCCUGUGCAACAGUUUCUGGAAGCGGCAGAGCGCCGACGUGAGGGCAGGGCAGGACGUGGACGAGCUCCUCAUGGGCAUGGCUUCUCAGAUUGCAGAGAGAGAAGAUAACGUUGUUGUGGAGGACCUGAAAGACUACAUGUACGGGCCGCUGAGGUCCUCCCGCAGCGAUCUGGUGGCCGUGACCGUCCAGAGAGGACGAGACUUCGGUCUGCCGAGUUACGCCGAGAUGAGAAGAGCUCUGGAUCUGCCUCCCAUCGAGACGUUUGAAGAAAUCAGCCCUGAGCUCAACAGAACCAGCCCGCAGUUACUCCACAGUGUUGCUCAACUGUACGGCGGAGACGUCUCAAAACUGGAGCUGUUCCCCGGGGGACUGCUGGAGUCCCUCGAUGGUCCUGGUCCAGUUUUCUCCGCCAUCAUACUGGACCAGUUUGAACGCAUCAGGAAUGGAGACCGCUUCUGGUUCGAGAACAAGCAGAAUGGCCUGUUUACAGACGAGGAGGUCCGGAGCAUUCGCCGCAUAACCUAUCACGACGUCCUUGUCGCCGUCACCAGUGCAUGGGACACUGACGUCCAAAAACACGUGUUCUUCUGGAGGGACGGUGACCCGUGUCCUCAGCCCGCACAGCUGACUGCGUCCAUGCUGCAUCCCUGCACUAACGCCACCAGGCUUCAUUACUUUGAGGGGAGCGCGGCCGGGUUUGCAGCGUUCAUCAUCGCUCUCCUCUUCUUCCCCGUCGCGAGCUAUCUCGUAGCGUGCUUGGUGGCGUAUCUUCAGAAGUACAGAUACAGGAAGUUUGAGAGGAGAAGCAGAAACUCUGGCGACAGAACGGAAGAACUGGCGGUGGGAAUCACUGCAUUUGAGUGGCAGAGCCAUGACAACCAGCGGCCCCCCGUCAGGGUGGAGGUGGAGAAGAGGAGGCUGCAGCUCUUUGACAGAUCCGGGUCCACCCAGCGCUGCCUCAGUCUGGGUCACCAGGACCACCUCGAUGUCCUUCUGUCCAACGACCGACACCGCAAAGCUCUGCUGCUCAAAGUGCCCAAAGAGUACGACCUGGUGCUGUUUUUUGAUGACGAGAGCAAACGCACGGAGUUCAUCAAGCAGCUGCGGCUGGAGGUGACAGACUUCUGGCAGGAGCUUCGAGUGAAGGAGAUGAGCGAGAAGGAACUGUUGAAGGAAGCGAUAACCAAAGAUCAGAGGGCCCAGAUUGUGGAAACCUUCAUUCGGCAUGCUUUCUCCAAGGUGCUGGAAAUCGAGCGGCGUGACGCCGGAGACAUGAGCGGCAUUUCCCGCCAGAGGGCCAGAGAGGUCCUCCAGUGUGAGCUGACGGCGGCGGAGUUUGCUGACGCGCUCGGCCUCAAAGCCGACUCUUUGUUCGUGGACUCCAUGUUCACGCUGGCUGACAAAGACGGGAACGGCUACCUUUCCUUCCAGGAGUUCCUGGAUGUGAUGGUUAUCUUUAUGAAAGGAUCUCCGGAGGAAAAGUCCAGGCUGAUGUUCUGCAUGAACGACAUCGGUGGAACCGGUUACUUGUCGAAAGAAGAGUUUGCCAGAAUGCUCAGGUCUUUCAUUGAAAUCUCCAACGGUGCUCUGUCAAAGAAGCAGGCGGAGGACGGCAUCACGGCCAUGAUGCAGGCUGCAGGCCUGGAUGAGCGGGAGAGGAUCUCCUGGCAGGACUUCCACUUCCUCCUGAGGGACCACGAGAAAGAGAUCCAGUUUGCUCAGCUCAACGUGAAAGGGAUGGAAACGCAGGGGAAGAAGCGGCUGAGCCGAGACCAGCGCGUGUCCUUCAUCUGUCCGGCAAACACCGGCGCCAGAACCGAUGGAACGGAGAUACGAAGACGGAAAAAGUUGAACGUCAGCGCUCCAGACGUGUACGUGAAGCCCAAACGUGAGCAGUACAUUAAGAACCCCGUACGGCAGAAGGUCCAGCAGUUCAAGCGCUUCAUCGAGAACUAUCGCCGCCACAUCGUGUGCUUCACCCUCGUGUACGGCGUCACGGCCGGCGUGAUGGCCGAGAGAUGUUACUACUACGGCAUGCAGGCGGAGGCGACCGGCGUGCCCGAGACCUCGGCGGUCGGCAUCAUCAUCGCUCGUGGCACAGCGGCCGGCAUCUCCUUCCUGUUUCCCUACAUGCUCCUCACCGUGUGCCGCAACCUCAUCACGCUGUGUCGAGAGACUUUCCUCAACCGGUACAUCCCCUUCGACGCCGCCAUCGACUUCCACCGCUUCAUGGCCAUGACCGCCAUCGUCCUCUCAGUGGUUCACAGCCUCGGCCACGUGGUCAACAUCUACAUCUUCUCCAUCAGCGACCUCAGCAUCCUGUCGUGCCUGUUCCCCAGGCUGCUAGCUAACAACGGGUCUGAACUUCCCCCCAAGUGGUACUGGUGGUUCCUUCAGACAGUCCCCGGAAUGACCGGUGUCCUGCUUCUCCUUGCUUUUGCGAUAAUGUACGUCUUUGCUUCCCGCUACUUCCGUCACAUCAGUUUUCGUGGCUUUUGGAUCACUCACUACCUCUAUGUCAUCGUGUAUGUUCUAACGGUUAUCCACGGGAGCUUUGCUCUGCUCCAAGAGCCUCGCUUCCACAUCUACCUGAUCCCCCCUGCUCUGCUGUUCCUGCUGGACAAGCUAAUCAGCCUGAGCAGGAAGAAGGUGGAGAUCCCCGUCGUCAGAGCUGAGCUGCUGCCGUCAGGUGUGACGCACCUGGAGUUCAAGCGUCCACAGGGCUUCGUGUACCGCUCGGGACAGUGGGUUCGGAUCGCCUGUGUGACGUUGGACACAGACGAGUACCACCCGUUCACGCUGACAUCGGCGCCUCAUGAAGAAACCCUGAGCCUCCACAUCCGAGCUGUGGGGCCGUGGACCAGCCGGCUCCGAGAGCUCUACACCGAGAAAACGCUCCUGGAGCUGGGGGCCUACCCCAAGCUGUACCUGGACGGCCCGUUUGGAGAAGGCCACCAGGAGUGGAUCGACUUUGAGGUGUCAGUUCUGGUGGGUGGAGGAAUAGGAGUCACACCGUUCGCCUCCAUCCUGAAAGACCUGGUGUUCAAGUCCUCCAUCAAAUCCAAGAUUCUGUGUAAAAAAGUGUAUUUCAUCUGGGUGACACGGACGCAGCGUCAGUUUGAGUGGGUGUCUGACAUCAUCAGGGAGGUGGAGGAGGUGGACACCCAGGAGAUGGUCUCCGUCCACACCUACAUCACCCAGGUCGCGGAGAAGUUCGACCUGCGCACCACCAUGCUGUAUGUGUGCGAGCGCCACUUUCAGAAGGUGUGGAACCGCAGUCUCUUCACCGGCCUGCGAUCCGUCACUCACUUCGGCCGCCCGCCCUUCGUGUCCUUCUUCAAUUCCCUGCAGGAAGUUCAUCCUGAGGUGAGCAAAAUUGGCGUUUUCAGCUGCGGGCCACCUGGACUGACCAAGAACGUGGAGAAGGCUUGCCAGCAGAUGAACAAGAGGGACCAGGCUCAUUUCAUACAUCACUAUGAGAACUUCUGAGCCGCUCUGAGCUCCAUGGCAACUGCCAGAGAUCCUUUUAAUGAGAAAUCAUUUUCAACACAAUCUUUAGAGUUUAGUCGGUAGAGAUUUAUUUCACUUGUUUCCACCUGAUUAAACUCGACCAUCUUAUUUGUUGCUCUUUUCUUUAAUCAUGUUCAUCUCCCGGAAAUACAAAAUCCUUAAUGAUUUAUUCUUAAAUGUUUGAUGAAUAACUGUCAAUCACCUGAGUAAUUUAUUUGUUUGACGUGUGGCAUUAUUGUUUGAAAAUGUACAUAUUUUGAAGA